UUUUUUUUUUCCUUUUAUUAUUCUUAUUAUGAUACUGAAGAGCAUUGUUCUCUUUUCACUCCUUACAAAUUUGAUCUCAGCCCAACAAGCAUCAGACCAUCGCGCUUAUUUCUCUACUAUCCUUCAAAACAAACAUGCUUACAUUAUUGGUGGAUCAGGGACUUCACUUCAAGUGCCUAUCUUGAACUAUACCAAUGGCAUUGAUGUCAAUAAGCCAGAAUGGCUUUCACGUACUGGUCCUUUAGCCAACAGUAGUAUAUUAAAGCCUUUUGAACGAGGUGUUGCUUUUAUGGGCUAUAAUCAACAAGUGUUUGUCCAGGGCGGGAAUGGAACCAGUACAGAAAUGGAACACAUGAUGCGAUAUUCACCCUUAACUGAUGGCUGGGAUAUUCCCUAUCAAAUAGCAGCAGAUCGUCCUGCACCUGCUUAUAUGAUGACAGCCACGGUGAAUGCAAACACCCAUGUUGCUUAUUAUUAUGGUGGUCAGCCAUUAAAUUCCAAUAGUUCUGCUACUGCUGAUUUCACUCGGUUUGAUACAGCGACGGGUGUAUGGUCAAAGAUUACACCCAAUUAUCCAAACGCAUAUCGUCCUGGUCGAUUUGCUCAUUCAGCCAGUAUGAUCAACAACCAGUUAUUCAUUCUGGGUGGUAUAACCUAUCCCAACACAAGUAUGACUAAAGUACAAGCUGACUUUGCUAGUGUCCUUGUGUAUGAUAUUCAAACAAAUACGGCUGCUGCUAUUGCUACCUUAGGUGAUAUUCCAGAACAAAGACAAUUGUUCUCCACUGCACUUGGCUUGGAUGGAAGAUCCAUUGUAAUUUAUGGAGGUGCAGUGUACACAGACACUAAUGAACAUAUACCUGCAUCCAAUGAUGUCUAUGUGCUAGACACUUGUACACUCACUUGGACAAAGAAAUCAGUGGGUGGCAAUGCGCCUGGCUCAUUGUACGCUCACGGUGCUAUCAAUAUCAAUAACUAUAUGGUCCUUUUGAUGGGCAAAACAGAUACUGACAAUUACAAUGAAAGACUCUAUAUCCUUGAUCUCAACCAAUGGAAAUGGGUAAAUCAAUUUGAGGCCACAGAUGAUACAGUGGCUGCUGGUUCUUGUCAAUUCAAUCUUCCCAACUUUAAUAAGACUUCAUUCUCUUCUUUUCAAUAUGACAUGAGUGUAUUGGAUAACCCAUAUCGUCCUCAGAAUGAUAGCAAGAAAUCCACUGGUUUGGGUGUUGGCUUUGGUCUAUUGGGGGGUCUCUUGAUUGUGUCUGGUGUCUGGUGGUAUAGACGCCGUAUCCGCAAAAAGACCAGAACAGCCAAUCCUCGCUGGACAAGCAACAGAGAUCAUGAGCGUGGUUAUCCUUUAUUUGAAUACAACAAGCAAGAAGCAGACCAUCCUGUAAGUACUUAUACAGCCUCAGAUCAUGAACAAUGGGAAGCCAAUCCACCUCAAGAUAUUUGGCGUAGAAUGGAAGGAUUAAAUAAAAAAUAAAUUUAUGCGA